UACACUGUAAUUAUUACACAGCUCGUUUCAGCCACUAUGCAGACGAAAUGGUUAACUAUCUUCAUUAUCUCUGGACUGAUAACCAUUGUUAACACAAAGCGAGCGUGCAUAUUCAAUUCAACUGCAUGUGAAAAGGGAUGGGUUCAGUUUGAGAGAAGCUGCUAUCAGUUUUUAAACAAAGCUGUCAUUUUAAAAGAAGCAGUUAACUAUUGCAACAGAGUUGGUGCACACCUUCUUGAAAUAAAAAGUUCACAGGAAGAAAAAUGGGUUGAUCUGCAGCUUAAGAUACGAGGUUUUCAAUAUGUUUGGAUUGGAUUGACGGAUAUUCUCAAGGAAAAUGACUUUGUCUUCAUCUCAACGGGGGGAAAACCGACAUUUUCGAAUUGGGGCAAAAACGAACCCAACAAUGCUGGAAAGACAGAGCACUGUGUUGAGAAGUUGGCAGGAUCAAGAUGGAAUGAUAGAAGCUGCGACGUCAAAUUUCCAUUUGUCUGUGAGCGAAAUUCUGAAUAGGAUAUGUGCCAUAUAUCUUGUGAAUAAAAUUUCAGUUUU